CCAAUAUUUCGUGUGGCAAUCCGUUACUCGAGUGACCAAGACGUCUGCACCUUGCGCAACUUCCACAAUAAGCCCGUAUUUUGUUUCCAAUUCAUCUUUAUGCGAAAAUCUCAUAAGAAGUCUCGGCAUGGUUGUGCGGAGUGCAAACGACGAAGAGUCAAGUGUGAUGAACUGCGACCUUCAUGCACCAAUUGUCGCAGAAGAACCUGCAACUGCAACUAUAGCUCAUCUGACUCGUAUAUGUGGCUGAGCGCGGAUUCUUCUCAAAAUAGUUCAAGGUCCAGAUUCGGUUUUCCUCAGGAAUUGAUGAAUCUAUUUUCAAGACUUGCGACCCCAAGAGGGCCAAUACAAUGCAGUGAGAGCGGAUCUCCUGUGUUCGAUCCGACGCCCCUCAACCUGGGGAACCUUGAGUUGAUGAUUUUGUGGUCGAGCAAAACACACUUGUCUUUCACCCGAGACGAAAAAACUCAGAGAGUCUGGCAGGUUCUGGUUCCUCAAGAAGCACUGUCUCACAUAUUCCUCAUGCAUGGGCUGUUAGCCACAUCUGCGCUUGAAGCGGCAAGCUCUAGCGACCGCAUUUCUCGAGUAAAUUACAUAAAUACAGCAGUGAUGCACCAGAAUGAGGCUUUGAUUGGGUUCCAAGGAAUUUUGGGCCAAAUCAACUGUCAGAAUGCCAAAGCCAUUUUCGCCUUUGCCAGCAUUCUCGUUGUCUAUUCAUUUGGAUUCUUCCACAUUGAGAACCCUGCUGGAACCGCGAUUGCCAUGGAAGACCUCUACCAGGUUCUUAUGCUCUGUCGUGGCGUGCAGCAAAUUAUAACUCGCUCUGAAUCUUCGAUACAAGGUAGCAGCUUCAGUCCAGUUCUUGACUUCAGUCCUGUGGAUUAUCCUGUCCCUUUGCCUGGGAGUGUCCAAUUUGCCGUACACCAACUCCGCGAAGCGAACGCUUCUUACGGUGCGCGACGCGCGAGCCAUGACACUCCCCUUUACCAGGUGGCAAUAGCCAUCCUCGAGGAGGCUUUGAAUGCAUCUUACCAGGACCGCAUUGCUCAAAAUGUUGUCAGCCGCUGGGCGAUAACGCUUCCUCAACCAUUUCUAGAGCGGUUGAACGAACGGGAACCAAUGGCGCUGGUAAUACUAGGAUUUUUUUGUGUAGUACUACACCGUUUAAAGGGGAUUUGGUAUUUUCGAGGAUGGGGUAUAUCAGUUAUGAAACUGGUAUGGCAAACAAUACCACUGCAAUGGAAGAACCUUCUGCAUUGGCCCGCGGUGGAAGUCCUCGGGGAGGCUCCAGAAGUGCAUCAACCACAAUUACCUUGA